AUGGGAACAACACAAUUGAAUAAUAGCGAAUUCGACGAAUCAUUCACAGAAAAGAGUGUUCGUUUUGAUAGUAUGGCGGAACAAACUACCAGUAAGCAAGAUGCGAAAAUCCUCGUGGUCCUAAAGGUUUCGGUUUCCUUCAUGGAGGGCCACAUAGAGUUGAUCCACACGAAAGACCUCACGAUAGAGUUGAGAGAAGAGAUGCGCACCAUGGUCCUCCUCACACUCGGGAAUUUAGACAUGGACCUCAUUUCGUGCAUAAUCCAAAAAAAGAAUUUGAUGGCGAACGCGGUUAUGGUCCUCAAUCUGAUUCGGAGGCAGAAUUUCAUCGUAAACCAAGACACCAUGGAAAACCUAGUCGUCAUUCUCAUGGUUUUGGCCCCCGUGAACGUGGAGAUAGACCUCGAGCGCAGACAUAGGCCUCGAGGUGGUUCUCACGGUAGAUUUGAAACCGAAGAACUUGAUCAUAUUCCUCGGAAACACCCUCAUGGAUUCGGUCCUCGUGGUAAAUUUAGGACUGAACAAAAUGAAAAGCAAUUCCAUCGUGGAAAACCUGGAAAUCGUGAAUGCAGUCCUCACGAGGAUCUUCAGUCUCGAAUGAAUGGUAACGGAGCUCGUGACAUCAUGGUGGGCCCCCUUCGUUUAAAACGCACGAGCAUGGACGCAGAAAUAAAUAUGAACAUGGUCCCCGCGGUAGAUUUGAGAGGGAAUUGGAAAAUCUCUCUGACCAUUCCGAAAAUUAUGGGCACGAAAAUCGUCUUCGUGGUCAUAGAUUUGAACAUCGUAGACACGGAUCUGGAUCAGAUUAUUCAGGUAAAAGUUUUAGACAUCAUCGUGGUGGUCGUAGGUUUGAAUGCCGUGGGCACGAAUCCAAGCCGGAAUUCGGACCAAACCACUUAA